AUGCCUGCCGCCAAGAUUCAGUCCCAUUUCAAACCCAUCCAAAAGUUCAAGCUCGACUAUGCCCCUAUCGGUAUUGCACAGUAUGAAUCCGAACGCACUGGAAUGCGUGUCGUUGUUGUCGAUCAGAAGGGUCCCAAGGUCUAUGGUUAUUUCACGUUAGCCACAGAGAUUCGCGAUGACUCUGGUUCGCCGCAUACCCUUGAGCAUCUCUGCUUCAUGGGUUCCAAGAACUAUCGCUACAAGGGUGUUCUGGACAAACUCGCCACUCGUGCUUACUCCAACACAAAUGCUUGGACCGCCACUGACCACACCGCCUACACACUCGAGACCGCUGGCUGGGAAGGCUUUGCCCAAAUUCUUCCCGUCUACCUUGAGCACGUACUCGUGCCCACUCUGACUGACGCUGGCUGUUACACCGAGGUCUUUCAUGUCGACGGCACAGGCCACGAUGCCGGUGUUGUCUACUCCGAGAUGCAGGGCGUUCAGAACCAACAGGGAGAACUCAUGGAACUGCAGGCGAGACGUCUGAUAUAUCCCGAAGGUGAUGGCUUCAGAUACGAGACGGGCGGCAUGAUGGAACAGCUCCGUGUUCUCACGGCUGACCGCAUCAGAGAGUUCCACCGUGAAAUGUACCAGCCCAAGAACUUGUCCCUUGUGCUCAUCGGUGAAAUCGACCAACCCGAGCUCCUACAAAUCCUUGAUGAGUUUGAGAGCACAAUCAUGGACGAUAUCCCUUCGCCUGAGACGCCUUUUCAACGUCCCUGGGUUGAGUCGAAGCGUACACCGCCUCUUAAGAAGACAAUCGUGGACACUGUCAAGUUUCCCGAGGAUGACGAGUCUAUGGGUGAGGUCUUGAUAGGCUUCCUUGGUCCGGACUGUAACGAUCAUCUACAGGCAUCUGCACUCGGCAUCAUGCUCAUCUACCUGUGUGGCUCUUCGGUCUCCGUUCUCGAAAACACUCUGGUCGAAAAGGAACAGUUGUGCAGCAUGAUCUACUACUCCACUGAUGUGCGACCUGACAUCGCUUUCUGGUUCAACCUGAGCGCCGUCGAGACCAAGAAACUCGCCGACGCCGAGAAGCGGUUGUUCGAAGUUCUCAAGGAGACUGCUUCCAAGAGCCUCGAUAUGGGCUACAUGAAGGAUUGUCUCAGUCGUUACCGCAGACAAAUGAAGUUCAAGUGCGAAAGUACCGGAGACUUCUUUGCAACACCUAUCAUCGAGGAUCAUUUGUUCGGCAACAGAGAUGGCACAGAUCUUCGCGAGUUGGAAACCUUGAAGGACCUGGAUGUUCUCGAAGGUUGGUCAGACCAGCAAUGGCGAGACUACUUGUCGACAUGGUUCGCAGAUGCCCAUCACGUGUCAAUCCUCGGUGUUCCUUCCAAAGAGUUGUCCAAGAAGCUCAAGACCGAUGAGAAGGCUAGAGUCAAGGCACAGAAGGAAAAGCUGGGCGAGAAAGGACUCAAAGAGUUGGCCGUGAAGCUGGAGCAAGCCAAAGCUGAGAACGACAAGCCUAUCCCUGAUGAAGUGCUCUCACAGUUCCCAGUACCCGGAACAUCGUCCAUCCACUUCAUUCCGACUACCACUGCUAGAGCUGGCAGAGCCAGACAGAUGGGCAAGCUCGACAACGAGAUCCAGCAAAUCGUCGACAAGGACGAUUCUGACAUUCCCCUCUUCAUCCACUUCGAGCACAUUCCGUCGAACUUUGUCCGCACAAAGCUGGUCAUGUGCACUGGCUCGCUACCUACUGAGCUCAAGCCUCUGCUCGCAUUGUACCUGUCGAACUUCUUCAUGACUCCUGUCACCCGCGAUGGAAAGCGUAUCGAGUUUGAAGACGUUGUCACUGAGCUCGAAAAGGAUACUGUCGACUACGACAUCAGUUCAGGUCCUGGUAACGGCGAGCUUCUUCAGAUUACUUUCCAGGUCGAAGCUGAAAAGUACUCUGCUAUGAUCGAUUGGCUCCGCACCACCCUGUUCAGCUCCGUCUUGGAUAAGGAGAGACUGCAAACUUCCAUUGUCAAGAUGCUCGCUGAUAUCCCCGACGAGAAGCGUAGCGGCAUGGACAUGGCCACUGCAGUCGAUUCGAUGAUUCACCUUACCAGAGACUCCAGCAGCCGUUCCAGAAAUACUCUCGUCAAGUCUGUCUACCUCAAGCGCCUGAAGAAGCACCUGGCAACGAACCCUGACUUCGUGAUCUCUCGCCUGCAGACCUGCAUCGACACUCUUCACAAGCCUUCCAACUUCAGAGUCUAUGUCGCCGCAAACAUUCAAACCCUUUCGAAUCCUGUUUCAGCUUGGAAAGCCCUGCUCAGCAACCACAACGACAACUCUCCUCUCCAACCUCUUGACUCUCGCAAGUCCAAGCUCAGCGAGAUCUCAAAGAAGCCUGGUAACACAGCUUACAUUCUUCCCCUCUCGACCAUUGACUCUUCAUACGCUUUGCUCACCACCCGCGGUCCGGAUAGUUGGUCUCAUCCCGACCUGCCCGCUCUCAUGGUCGCUCAAUCGUAUCUCGAUGCCGUCGAGGGCCCUCUGUGGGCAGCAGUCCGCGGCACUGGUCUCGCGUACGGCACUGGCUUCUCUCGCUCCGUCGACGUCGGUCUUCUGACUUUGCGUAUCUACCGCUCACCCGACACCUUCAAGGCCUUCCUCGCCGCCAAGACCGAAGUCGAGAACUACGCCACUGGCACCACUCCCUUUGACAAGUUUGCUCUUGAGGGUGCCGUCAGUAGCAUCAUCAUGGGAUUCGCAGAUGAGCAACCCACGAUGGGCAGUGCAGCCAACUUGUCGUUCGUCAACCAAGUCAUCAGAGGCAUCCCCAAGAACUGGAAUGACGAGAUGCUGGAGAAGGUCAGAAGGGUCAGUGAGGAAGAAAUCAAGAAUGUGCUCAAGAGACUCAUCAUGCCCAUCUUCAACCCCGAGACUACCAAUCUGGUGGUUACCUGUGCUACUAUCAUGGAAGAGAACCUCGUCAAGGCUUUCACGGAUGCAGGAUUCAAGCCUGAAGUCAAGGCACUGUCAGACUUUGAAGACGACUACGGACUCGAGGAUAUCGAAGGUGUUGAAGAUGAGGAUGAGGAAGAUGAUGAUGACGAGGAAGAAGAUGGCAGUGAAGAUGGCAGCGAGGAAGACGGGUCAGAGGAGGAGGAUGAAGAGUAG